AUGAUGGAUACAGUUGAUGGAACUAGCAAGACUCGCUGGGAUGAACGACGUGAAAUUGUAAAGAUUAUCAUCGCAAUCGGUUGUAUAUUCGACACGAAUGGUGUCGAUGUUCAUUUUCUCAAUCGAAGAGAUAAUCAUACGAUCAAAGAUCAGACUCAAGCCGAUCAACUAUUCACUGUUUAUCCAAGAGGGUAUACACCAUUGGUGUCUGCUCUAAAAAGAAUUUUUCAACUGUCAGUAGCUCAAGGUAAAAGUGAUAAGAAAUUGUUGUUAUUUAUCGCCACCGAUGGAUGUCCAACAGAUGAAGAGGGUGUACCGAAUUCGGUUGAAUUUGAAGAUAUCAUGCGCAAUAAGCGACAAUGGAAAUAUACGUAUGUAUCGUUUCUACUCUGUACUGAUGACCCAGAGUGUGUUGAUUAUUUGAGCCGUUUUGACCGAACGAUGAUGAACGUUGAUGUAACAGAUGAUUUUAAAACGGAAAGAGAGAAAAUUCGUCGUUAUCAAGGAGCAAAUUUUUCAUUUUCCAAGGGUGAUUAUAUUGUGAAAGCUUUAGUUGGUGCAAUCGAUAAAGAAAUCGACAUUAUCAAUGAGCCAACUAAUCGAACAAACAAUAGUGAUAGCUAA